AUGAACGAACCAGAUCCGAACGUCAAAGUCCAACUGCACACGUUCGUAGAUGCAAGCCAAGACGGAAUGGCCGCGGUGACGUUCCUUCGCUAUGAAAGUAACGAUGCCAUCUACUGUUCCCUGGUUGGAUCUAAAACUCGUGUGGCCCCCCUCAAAUACCUGUCGAUCCCGCGAAUGGAAUUACAAGCAGGGGUUGUUGGCGCAAGGCUAACUGCGUCAAUCAAAAACAGUCUGACAAUCAAAAUUCAACGAACAUUCCUGUGGACUGACUCACGCAACGCACUCUCAUGGAUUUUAUCAGACCAUUGUAAGUAUAGUCUUUUCGUAGCAGCUAGAGUCAGCGAAAUACUCGAAAUAACCUGCGAAUCUGAUUGGAGAUGGGUUCCCACUAAGUGGAAUGUGGCUGAUGACGGAACAAGAUGGCAGCGACAAUCAGAUCUUUCCCCGACAUCACGUUGGUUCGUAGGCCCUUCAUUCUUACGUCAGUCCGAAAGCACCUGGCCGAUAGUGAAUUUGAAAAAACUAAAUACACACGAAGAACUUAAAGUAUCGCUGCACAUACACUGUGAAAAGCCUGAGGCAGUAUUUCGCGCUGAGGACUUCAGCAAAUGGAAACGAUUGGUUCGUGUCACUGCCUACGUACUUAGGUACUUGAGAAAGCUUCGUCGAGCGGGAAAUUGUGGUGUACUAAAACGGGAAGAGCUACAGUUAGCUGAAGAGCUUCACUAUCGUCAAGCGCAAGUAGAGGUUUAUGAAGAAGAAUAUCGUAGUUUCGAGGCAGGCGUAACAGUAGUAUCAAAGCGAAGUCCUAUUUAUAAACUAUCAGCCUUCAUGGAUGAGAAAAAGUUACUUCGCAUGGAUGGCAGAACAGGUGCAUGUAAAUAUUUAGACCCCGAAACGGUUAACCCAAUUAUUUUACCAUCGAAUCAUGCGCUCACCAAACUGAUUGUGGCAUCGUAUCACGACAAAUAUCACCACCAGAACCGAGAAACGAUUGUAAACGAAAUUCGUCAAAAGUUCUACAUUGCUAACCUUCGACGUGUUUGCAAUGAAGUACGAUCCAAUUGCCAACACUGUAAGAAUCGUUAUGCAGAGCCUCGUCCUCCAAAGAUGUCCAGCUUGCCGCCAUCUCGAUUGGCUGCUCACACCCGACCAUUUACCCACACAGGAAUCGACUACUUUGGCCCGCUAGAAGUGGUCGUUGGGCGCAAAACAGAGAAAAGAUGGGGAGCGUUAUUUGUCUGCCUAACUACUAGGGCAAUUCACCUAGAGGUAGCCUAUAGUCUGACUUCGAGUUCCUGCAUUAUGGUCGUGAGAAGUUUCAUCGCUCGGAGAGGUUCACCGGCAAUAUUCUACAGCGAUCGAGGAACGAACUUUAUUGGAGCUCACAGAGAACUUAAAGAAGCUUUAUCAAAACUUAAUCACGACUCAAUGGCGGAGGAAUUCAUCAGUUCGGAUACGGAUUGGAUUUUCAACACUCCCGCUUCCCCACACAUGGGCGGAAGCUGGGAACGACUCGUCCGGUCCGUGAAGCGAAUACUACCGGAGCUGCAAGUCUCAAGAAAACCGAACGACGAAGAGCUACGAAAUGCGUUUGCCGAAAUAGAAGCUACAUUGAACAGACGCCCGCUGACUCAUGUGCCUGUUGACUAUGAAUCGUGUCACGCUCUGACACCUAAUCAUUUUUUGUUAGGCAGUUCGGAUGGGUCUAAACCGUUGACGGAUAUUAGCGAUGAUUCGACAACAUUAAAGAGAGGCUGGCUGGUAUCUCAGGCAAUUGCAAAUCAAUUUUGGAAGCGAUGGCUACGCGACUAUCUUCCCGAAAUAACCCGGCGAACCAAGUGGUAUGAACCAGUAAAACCCAUCGAAGUGAAUGACAUCGUCGUGAUAGCCGAUCCCGAUCUGCCUAGAGACUGCUGGCCUAAAGGACGAGUAAUCAAGACGACCAGUCGCGAUGGUCAAGUGAGGAGAGCCUGGGUUCAAACUUGUAAAUCCAUCUACGAGAGACCUGCAGUCAAGAUCGCCGUGUUGGACGUAGGAGUUCAUAGUAGUAAGCCGAGUCCGAAGUUUUGCGAUGGAAUCCCGCCGGAAAUUGCAAAUAUGUUCUCGUCGUUCUUUCGAAGAGUGUUCAGUAAUAAUCUACCACCUUUGGAGGAAUCGUACUUGAAUGGCUUGCCUGAGUACAACGUGGUCCUUCCUCCUGUUACGUUCACCGAUGACGAAGUCCUAGCCGAACUGCAUUUGUUAAAAAAUGUGCCACGAGCCUGUACCAUCCUGCGAGGAUAA